GUUUUUUGCAAGUCCAUAUUUCUUCUUAAAUGAAAAGUGCUCUUAAAGGUUUGUGUCUGAUUUGAAUUAAUCUAAGACAAGGAUGGAUAUAACUGGGUUACACUGGAGAGAUUAUAAUUUCUUUGUUCUAGCUGAAAGUAGGUGAAAGAAAUUUUUAUAGGUCAGAAUAAAAAAAACAGGCUGUGAUGGUAUAAAAGCAUAUUUUCUUUUUUCUCUUACAGUUUUCUGACAGCCCCCAGUUUACAACAGAUUACUAUGUUUCAUCCGACUAUGAAAUUCCAGAGAUCUGUGAAGUCAGCGGCAUUAUGGAUUUUGGCAGAAUCUUUCAACCAGUUAUUCAAAUACUUGUAUUUUUGAUUGGCAUGUCUGGCAAUACCUUGGUUCUCCUUACAUAUAGAUGUUCCCGCAAGAUUAAAUCUAAGACAGACAUCUAUCUUAUUAACCUGGCGAUAGCUGACCUCCUUAAACUCAUGACACUUCCAUUUUGGACCACCAGUGCCAUUAAUGGCUGGGAGCUUAACAAUACGAUGUGUAAGGUUGCACAAGGUGUGUUCUCCAUCAACUUCUUUAGCGGAUUCCUGUUCCUAACUUGCAUCAGUUUGGACCGUUAUUUUGAAAUUGUCCGAGCUGUUGAGGCUCACACAAAGCGCCAAAAAUCUUUCUUUUGCAGCAAAUUCACCUCUGUAUUUGUCUGGAUAGCAUCAAGUCUUCUUAGUCUUCCAGAAUUCAUUUUCAGUGAGUCAAUAAAUCUAGAUGGUUCCAAAAUAUGCAAAAUGAUCUUUCCAGAACAGAUCACCAUUACACUGAAGAAUAUGUGUAACUUCUUUCAAAUUGUUCUUGGCUUCAUUUUUCCUUUCUGUGUGAUGAUUGUAUGCUACUCUUCCAUUAUCAGGACCCUAUUUUCUUGUAGAAGUUUUGAGAAGCACAAAGCCAUGAAAGUCAUUAUCUCCAUUGUGCUAGCCUUUGUGGUCUUCCAACUCCCUUACACAUUAGUCACUUUCAUGGAGGCCACUGACUUCAUAGGAAGCAAGCAGAUGAGCUGUGAAGUAAGAAAGCAUAAAGAUAUUGCCAUCAUCAUCACCAGCAACUUGGCAUUCACUCGAUGCUGCAUCAAUCCAAUCCUCUACGCAUUUGUGGGUGUUAAAUUCAGAAAGGACAUAUUGCUCGUGCUAAAGAAUUUUAGAUGCAUCUCUAGAGCAAGUUACAUUAGACACUGUGGAUCAAGCAGAAGUUUCAGCAUGCCUGCUGCAAUGGAAACCAGUAGCUUCACACUGUAGGUGUAAUGGUUCCCAAGGAUACUGACAUUGUCAUAUUUAGGACACAUAGUGGGAGAUGUACUAAAACUGGUGCACACAGAAUCUGGUGCAGCUGUACAUAGUAACCAAUCAGCUUCUAUCUUAGCUUAGUUCAAUCAAGCUUUGACCAUAAACCUAGAAGCUGAUUGGUUACUUUAUUGGUUUCUAUGCACAGCCAGAUUCUGUUGGCACCAGUUUUAGUAGAUCUCCACCAUAAUGUAGAAAUUUUAUAGGCCAUUUUCAACCAAUCCAGUAAUAUUUCAAUUAUGCCAGUUGAGUCACCUGCUUGAUUCUUACAUUGAGGGUACCCCAAUGUAAUUCAGUGUAAUUCAUUGGUACAUUGGUUGAUUCUCCAGAGAAUGUUUUGGAUGUACGUUUUCUCUCAAACUGCCAGAACAAAGAUGUCAUGCUUCCCAGCUAUUUACAUAUUAAACAUUUGGAGGAUCUAUCA